AUGUAUUUAUUCAGAAGUGAUGUAAACAUUUGUAUUCCGGUGACGGCGCUCAUACCAUUAUCAUUAUCAGCUAAUUAUAGCGGGGCAAAGACCCCGAGUGCUCCAGUCAAGGGUACGUUCACUUCAAGUUCAGAGGUCAGAGGUCACGGCUGGGAGUGCCGAAGACAGCUCGGUGAUAUAUUUGGUGACAUUGAACUGAGUCCAUUGCCAACGACCUCGCUCCUCGGGAAGCUCCGCGGUUUGCGUAAUCGCUCCUGCGUACAAACAUCGACCUCACGCACACAGACAAACAAAUAA